UAUCAUCUUUAAGAGAGAGACGGAUUGUUCGACUAACAAAAAUGGCCUCUGCAACUCCCUCCACUCUCAUGCUAUCCCACGGCGCUUACUCUCUUCUUCCCCAACACCUCACCCCGUCUCUCUCCUUCAAACGCAAACCAUGCUUCUUCAACUUCUCCAACACUUUCUCUCUCUACCCACUUGUUUUACAUUUCACACGCACAAAAUCCAACAAUUGGAUUGAUGUUUCUUCACCCAAUUCCCCAGUUGUUGUGGCCGCUUUGGCUGCUGAAGCAGAUCUAGCAGAAGAAACUGAACAACUCCAAGAGGGUGUUGUAGAAAGUGCUGUUGUUCUUACCCCAACUAAACCCAAGAAAGGCAAAGCUGCAUUGCCUCUCAAGAGUGACAGAAGGAGGUCUAAGAGAUUCUUGGAAAUUCAAAAAUUGAGGGAAAACAAGAAAGAGUACGACUUAAAAACAGCAAUAUCAUUGCUCAAGAAAAUGGCAAGCACAAAGUUUGUCGAAACAGCUGAAGCUCAUUUCCGUCUCAACAUUGACCCAAAAUACAAUGAUCAACAGCUGAGGGCAACAGUGAAUUUACCCAAGGGAACUGGACAAACGGUUAGAGUGGCUGUUCUCACUCAAGGUGAGAAGUUCGAUGAAGCUAAAAAUGCCGGAGCUGAUCUGGUUGGUGGAGAGGAGUUGAUAGGUCAGAUAAAAGGAGGAUUCAUGGAAUUUGAUAAAUUAAUUGCUACUCCAGAUAUGAUGCCCAAGGUUGCCCAACUAGGAAAGAUUUUGGGUCCUCGUGGACUCAUGCCAAAUCCAAAAGCUGGUACUGUUACAACUAAUUUACCUCAGGCCAUAGAGGAAUUCAAGAAGGGCAAAGUUGAAUACAGAGCAGAUAAAACUGGGAUCGUUCACUUACCCUUUGGAAAGUCAGAUUUUUCUGAGGAAGAUCUUCUCGUGAACUUGCUUGCUGCAGUAAAAUCAGUAGAAACAAACAAGCCAUCUGGUGCAAAAGGAGUAUACUGGAAAAGUGCACAUAUAUGCUCAUCAAUGGGGCCUUCCAUUCGGUUAAAUAUAAGGGAAAUGCUUGAUUUCAAGCCUGCAACUUUGAAUGUUUAAGGAAUUCUAAAUACACAUGUAAAUUAUAUCUUCUAAACCAUUCAGGUAGCUUCUUGGUUUCCUCCACAGAGACUUGUGAAUGCUUGAAAAGGGUAGGACACAAGCUGAGUUGAAUAUGAUAGGGAGGCAUUCAGAUUCAUGUUUGCAUUUACAAAGAGCAUUGCAUUGGCUUCUGUAUGCCAGUUGUAUCAAAGUUUUGUAUUGGUAUCACGAACUUUUUUUUACUUUAUUUUA